AUGGAACUCUACAUCUCUCUGUUUAAUGAUCUGAAGGACCGUGGCUUGUUCGAUGGUGCAUAUUUGGACAGAAGUCUGAUUCAGUUCUGCUUCAUAGGAAUCAUUCAGGUAAGCUACAAAUGUGUCAUAUCGUUGUGCAAAAUCUGCUUUCAUCUUAAAUUAAGCCCCACAAAUGUUUUUUGUUGGUGUUGUUGUUGUUACAUUCUUCAAUGAGCAUCUGUCCAUCUGUCUUAAUCAUUGUCAUCUAUGUGGUGUACAAUAUAAUUCACAAUGAAACGCGAAAAUGGCUCUAACGGGUAUAUGAGCAUGGGGGUGCCGAGCACCGGUCCGCCAGACCGUCACAUCAUAGCACAACAAUAGGCCUAAUGCAUUUUUUAGAUUAGGUUACCAGAAAUGUACGUAAAUAAACUAUUGCAUAACAGAGAGCAGGAUCAACAACCUUCUCUGUGUUAAAUGUGAUGUUUUUCCUGCUCUGAAUGAGUGCAGACACGCCACAGCUUCUUCAUUAUUAAUUAAAUUUGCUUACUCUGAACUGCUAUUUUUCUCGAUAAUAAACUAUGAUAAACUAAUAUUUCUCUUAAUUCAAUUAAUCCAAAAAGUGUUUUUAUUCUUUCUGAUAGCUUCUCAUUUCGUCUUCAGGCGUCUUCACCGCUCUCAAUUUCACAUGAUGCGAACAUGCAAAACAAAAAAGAAGUACCUGUGGCGAGCUGGUGUGUUUUGAGGACCCAGAAGCAGACACAGAGGCAGAUAUAAACUUAAGAAAUAGUUUUAAUGUCCAAAACUCAGGUUAGAGGCAAAAUAGGAAGUCCGGUAGGCUGGCUGGCUGUUGUGUGGGCUGGAGACACUGUAAGGAAAAUAGAGGAGAGGGAGGUGAGUAGAUAUGCAAUGAAUCACACGGAGCAGAGUUACGAGUACUAAUUCAAAGAGGAGGCCAGGAGUCGCGUCUGUACCACUUGGGAGUGAAGACAAUACUCAGGUGCUGAGACUGAGGGCUGCUGGCUUCUUGAAGUGCCUUGAUUGCAGAUGUAGAGCAGGUGUGUAGUCUCACUCAGCCUCAGCGACUGGGGGAGGGGAGGGAGCUCUGGAAAAGAGUCAAGCCAGACCAGUCAAACAAAGAAACACAGGAAGUCCAGCCAAAAUAAAACAAGAGGAGGAGGCGUCUCACCACAGUACCACGGAUAGCGCCACUCAGUCAGCCGUGCCAAAACACUUUAGCAUUUAAUAAGAUACUAAUUAAUAAUAGAAAUAAUAAAUAAUAUAUAGUGGACAAACUCUAUCAGACGGAGCAUGAAAUAAUAGCAACGGCUGUGCAUCCAUCUCUCUGCUCUUCGAUAUUUUGUAUUUUUAUAUUUUAUAUCUUCGAUAUAAGAUGAUUUAUUUCAAAACUUAUCUAAGGCCCACAUAAGAAUAACAAAUUGCAUAUCAACACACUUGUUUUCUUACUUUUUAAUAUAUAUUUUUUUCCAGGACGAAUUAGAUGAGACCAUCCAGGUGUGGGAUUCACACGUCAUCAGACCAUCGAAGAAUGACUGGGUACCCAGUGGUCGACCUCGAAUCAUGUACAUGUUCCCAGAACUCUACACAAGUGAUGACCACAUUUCCACAGUGGACAGAGCUGAUGUACAGUUGUGUCAGAGUAACUGCACAUUUCGACUAGCAUUGCCAUGUGACACAGACAUCUACAACAUCUGCAACAUUCUGAUGGUGGAGUCACAGCUGCAUUUUCCAGCUGAUGCUUAUCAAGCAUUGGAUUUGUACCUGCAUUUGAGGAAUGAGAUGAGAGCCGCUCUCUAA